CCUUCCUUGACACUACGCAGUCGUUCGUCAACAACAAAGACAACUUUCCCUGCCACUGAUGGAACUCCUCCCAUUGAGCCAUCGCUUUCUCGCCGUCGCUCGUCCUUGCUCUCUUUCUCGAGCUUGGACGACACGCGACACUCGGCUGGCGACUUCAUCCGUCCUUCCCUAGGCCUCGACCAAGAUGACCCGACCGCUCCAGAGGAUCUGUCGCACUGGCACAGCUCUCCUCUGGCUUUUGCCUUUCUCCCCGCUCUUGCCGGUCUCUUCUUCACCAAUGGAAGCGCUUUCGUCACUGACAUCAUUCUACUCGGCCUAGCUGCCUUGUUUCUCAACUGGAGUGUCAGAUUGCCCUGGGAUUGGUACCGCUCAGCUCAGGCUCAAUUCAUUCUGGAGCAACUAGGGAAGGAGUCAGACGAAGACGAACAACAGGGUCAACCACCCGAGGAAUCGCAGAAAAGUCAAGAGCAGGAAGACGCGGCUGCCAAUCUCCGCCAACACGAGCUCCUGGCUUUGAUCUCUACCUUUGUGUUUCCUGCUUGUGCUGCAUACCUGCUGCAUGUCAUUCGUGGUCAGCUUUCGCGCCCUUCAGAAGGUCUGGUCUCAGACUACAACCUGACUAUAUUUCUUCUCGCUGCCGAGAUACGCCCCAUCAGGCAGCUGAUUCGCCUAUUCACUCAUCGCACCAUUCAUCUGCAACGUAUUGUUCGUGGGAACAACGAUUCUUCUGCUCUAGGUAAGAAGGACAAAGCUAUCGCCGAGCUUGCGUCUCGUCUGGUCAUUCUAGAAGAAAAGUUCGGCGAUCAGCUAUCAUCUCCAGGUGCCUCCAUCGUUCAGAAGGACGAAGUUGCUGCGCUUUCUAGCGAUAUCAGGAAGCGUUACGAACCUCGCUUGGACGCCCUGGAGCGAGCAGUCAGGAGAUACGAGAAACGAGCCACGACUCUGACAUUGCUCACCGAGCAAAGGCUACAAUCAUUGGAAAACCGUCUGCAAGACGCAUUAAGUUUGGCUGCUGUCGCUGCCCAAUCGUCUGGAAAACCUGGC